GAUUGGCAAGACAAAUCAUUAGCUCCGCUGGGCAGGACUGCGGGUCGAGGCACAAUUUGACAGGACAUCAAGCUCAGCCGUCACUGCUAGCUGUUGACAUUUCCACGAUCUACUUUUUAUUAGUUCCCCUGGCAAUGAAGUACACCAUAACGUCAAUGGACGGUGGAGCCUGUAUAGGAAUACUAAGGGUUCAAUUUCCGAGCUGUUAACGCUCGCUGACGUGAGCUAACCUCGCUAGCGUGCUAGCUAUCGACGCUAACAUGGACAACACGGAGAACGGCCGUCGCCCCGUGGACACAAGGAGCAUCCGGACCCUCAGUAGCAGUCGAAUCGACGACGAAAGCUCACUAGGCUCCGAUUCCGAGAUCAAUGGCUUCAGCAGCGACAAACAAACCGACAAAUAUGGAUUUAUUGGCGGAGCGCAACAGUACACAGAGGAGUCGGCUCAGGAUGUACCUACAGCAGUGCUCAGGCAAAGGGAGGUGAAGUGGUUGGAUAUGCUCAAUCAUUGGGACAAGUGGAUGAUCAAGAGAUUCAACAAGGUGAGGCUUCGAUGCCAAAAAGGAAUUCCUCCCUCUCUCCGAGGCCGUGCGUGGCUCUACCUUUCAGGAGGCAAAGGCAAGAAAGAGCAGAACCAAGGAAAGUUUCAGGAGUUGGAUAGCCAGCCAGGUGAUCCCAAAUGGAGCGACGUGAUUGAGAAAGAUCUCCAUCGACAGUUUCCAUUCCAUGAGAUGUUUGUGUCUCGAGGAGGACACGGGCAGAAGGAUCUUUUCCGUGUUCUGAAGGCCUACACUCUUUACAAACCAGAGGAGGGAUACUGUCAGGCCCAAGCUCCCAUUGCUGCUGUGUUACUCAUGCACAUGCCUGCUGAGGACGCCUUCUGGGGACUGGUGCAAAUUUGUGAGAAGUAUCUUCCUGGUUACUACAGCCCAGGGCUGGAAGCUAUACAGUUAGAUGGAGAAAUUCUGUUUGCUUUGCUGCGACGCGUCUCUCCGUUAGCCUUCCGCCAUUUGGAGAAACACAAGAUUGAUCCCAUCCUCUACAUGACUGAAUGGUUUAUGUGCGCCUUCUCUAGAACAUUGCCAUGGGCGUCUGUGUUACGUGUCUGGGACAUGUUCCUCUGUGACGGUGUGAAAAUAAUCUUCAGAGUAGGCUUGGUACUGCUGAAGUGCAUGCUGGGUAGUCGUGAGAAGCUGAAGGCCUGCCAGGGCCAGUAUGAGACCAUGGAGCUUCUUCGAGCUGUGGAGCCUCGAUACAUGCAGGAGGGAUUCCUCGUCCGAGAGAUCUUGGAAGUGCAAAUUACGGCGCGAGACGUGGAAAGGGAACAUCACACCCAGCUUAAGCGCUGGAAGAAGAAUCGCGGCGAGCUCAAUUUCAAAUCCCCGCAGAGGAUGCACGGGGCCCGAAUCAUCAUGCUGGCUGACCCCCCGAGGCGCCAGGAUCUCCAGCAGUACCCCACCAUUUUACUGGAGGAGGCGGAGCUCGGCCCACUGCUAAAGGGCAAGGAGCAGAAGAGCAAAAAGAAAACCCUGAAGAAGUCGCAGCUCCCUGAGGAGAUUCCAAACCCUUACCCUCUUCCCAACGCCACGCCGCCCCCACCUGCUUUUCUGCCAGCCCCGCCUCCGGUGCUCAGCAAGGCCCUGGAGGCUGUGCCACAGACUCAAGCAGAGCCGCUUCAGCAGGGCCAUGCACUUUCUGCAGACCUCCCCUCUGCCAAAGAGAUUUCCCUCCAGCAAUCCACACACAGCCUCAGCAGCAUAGACCAGGAUACGUACCUGUAAUUCUGAAGCUAUGUGAGAAGCACCAGCACACCCUUCAGCCAGCAACCAGCCAUGGAUGAGUAACUCAUCUUCAGAUACCGGUUUGGCCUUUAAGACUGAUGUCCUGCUCCCGUCUAAAACAGCCUUGACACGCUCGACAUCGCAACGCUUAACUUCCUUGAAAUGACAACGUACUUUUUGAUGUCGCGGGAGCAAAUUGCCAAAGUUAAUGGGGAUGUGUUUUGUUGUUGUUCACUCCGAUUCGACACUACACUACUCCUGAAUACACUUUUUUCUUUAUAAUAAACACUUCCUACUGCAAUGGGCAGCCAUGGCUUGAUUUGGCCGGUUGCCAGCUGUCAUUAUCACCACACUGUCUGUUGGGAGACAAUCUUAUUUAGUCUUUUGUUUUCAACUUGCAUGUUGAACACUCGAGCAUUUCAUUUUUUUACAGUCUUACAUUUCCAUUCAAAUCUGUCCUCACAUUGUACUUUGUAUCUUUUCACAGUUAUUUAUUUUCUGUCACAAAGGCCUUGCUGCUGCUGCACAAAACAUUGCCAUUUUUCUUUCAUGUGGAUAGCUUCACCCACAGUCACUGUGCCACUUUCUGUAGCUUUUGAGUUGCAGAAACAGACUUGUGUUUAGGCAGAAGCCUCAAGAACACUGUAUCAACAUUCCUGCCAUCUUAAUAUCUAAUGUGCUUGUUUGCCAAACGCUAAACAGUGUAACUAAUGACUUUGCAUGAGCUUACUGUCAAGCCUUCCCUUUUGCAUCAUGGUGCUGACCUUCCUUUUGCAAUUGCUUGGCUAGUCUCCUCCUCAUCUGAUCUAUUUGUACAAUUUUUAAGCCUUCUUGUUAGGCUUCUUUGGUUGGGAGGUGUAAAAAUUUGAACAAUGUUUUGUGGAACUUUUACAAAGCAAUUAAAUGUUUUCCAACAUCUUUCCAUGGAAAUGGUAACUUCUGGGAGAUGCCAUAUUUUCAAACUACUUUGGAACAGCUUCACUAUAUCCCCACACUAUAUAUUUUUUACUUUGUAUCAAUUUUGCAACACUCGAUAAAAACUUGACUUUCAGCAAGUUGGGAAAAAGCCUUUGUGCUAUAAAUAAACUUUUAUCCGGAAAAUAUUCUGAAUAUUUUUUAUUAUACCAUCCUUAGAUGGGUUAUGAAAUGUGUAAUAGCAACCAAGAGGCACUUUGAAACAUGUUUUUUUUUUUAAAUCAAAUAAAAUUUUGAAAAACUU